GCAGAGAGGUGGACGGUGCCCGGUGUGGCCCUGCAAGGAGACCACAAGAAUCUGGGUUCAGCGGCUGACCACGGUGGCUCCAGCGUCACAGACGGACACCCCCCACGUUUGUCAUAGGACUAUGGGGGCGCGAUGCAGGUUCAGGGAGCAAGUUUCCGAGGCUGGAAGGACGUGACUUCUCUGUUUAAUAAGGACGAUGAACAGCACCUGCUUGAAAGAUGUAAAUCCCCCAAGUCCAAAGGAGCUAACUUGCGCUUGAGAGAAGAGCUGAAGACAGAGAAGAAAUCGGGGUUUUGGGACACUCUGAGUUUAAAACAGAACAUACAGUCCAAGAAGCCCGACGAGAUCGAAGGCUGGGAGCCCCCCCGCCUGGCGCCGGAGGACCCCGCGGCCGGGCUGCCGGCCGGGCCGGGCUGGGAGGAGGGCGCCGGCGGCUGCAGCAGGUACACGAGCCUGGGAGACUGUAAUCCAGGCGUGAAACGAGUCUCCCAGAGGUUUAACCUGGCGAAUUGA